AUGGCUGACGAGAAAAAGGCAACAGGAGCGGCCAAGAAGGGCGCGAAAAAAAUCAAGAAAACGCCGCCCAAGAGCAGCAAGAAGAGGAAGCGAUCCAGGAAGGAGAGCUACUCCAUCUACAUCUACAAGGUGAUGAAGCAGGUCCACCCGGACACCGGCAUCUCCUCCAAGGCCAUGAGCAUCAUGAACUCCUUCGUCAACGACAUCUUCGAGCGCAUCGCCGGCGAGGCCUCCCGCCUGGCCCACUACAACAAGCGCAGCACCAUCAGCUCCCAGGAGAUCCAGACUGCCAUGCGCCUGCUGCUGCCCGGGGAACUGGCCAAGCACGCCGUGUCGGAGGGCACCAAGGCGGUGACCAAGUACACCAGCUCCAAGUAG